GCGCCCGGGCCGGCCGACCUCGCGCGGUGUCAGGGUUGCGCCUCCCUGCAGCAGAACUUAAAUGAAUAUGUUGAAGCAUUAAUUGCCUUGAAACAGAAAAUUAUUAAUACAGAUAACCUGCUGACGGAAUAUCAGAAGAAAUGCGACGAUAUCCUUCACUUGUUUUUCCCUUUGGAUGUCAGCACCGACUCAUGUGUAAUAACUCAAAAGAUAGGAGGGCUCUCCUUUUUAAUAAUUCUCUUUCAAAAGGCAGUGUCGGUUGACUUAAAGGAGCCCUUCACAAACACAGACAACAGGCCUUUUAGUGCCGUAGCAAUGGGUGUGUAGUGGGGGAUCCUAAAGUGAGGCAGCCUGGCAUCUCUCGUUUCUGUUGCUUGUUCUGAUUUUAUUAUGGUCUUCAGCUUUUGAUGAGUGGGUUUUCCUCUUGUACAGGGGGUGUAACAUCAAGUGAGUGGAUGCAUUAUUGUGGAUGCAGUAUUGCUUGCUGAUUGGUACCUUUAAAUAUACAAAAAAAAACCGAGAUCAUUGAAAUGGUUUGGAAAUUGAUCUUGCUCUUAUUGUAGAGCAGUAAUGCUUGCAUCCAUGAAUCAGACAAGUAAUGGAACUUUAUGGUAGUAAGACAGUGCUUAGUUUAGACUCAUUAUUGGCUAAGCAAGGGUUGAGCAAGCACCUUAGUGUAGUUAACGCAGUUAGAUGUUUUCAGCAGUAAGAAAAAAGCUGGUUCUGCCACAUCUUUUAGUAACACCCACCAUGGGUUAAAUCUCUCAAAAGGAUAUAGCAUUCCCCCCACCACCACCCAAAAAAUAAGCAUGCAUAGACCUGUAGAGAUUGGCAAAGAGCUGGGCUCUUUCAGUCCUGGGGCAGAUUCUGUUCUUGCAGAGGUCGGGUCCAUGGUCUGCAGUACUGAGGCCAUUUAGUUGUGGCACCUGAGCUUGUGGGAUCACAGGUUAUUUGAGCUUCUGUUGUAAAAUCUGUAUCAGAGUGACUUUAGAGCCUAGAUUUCACAUGGAAAUAAAAGUCACUGGAAAUUCCCACAGUUGAUUUAUCUGCUGAAAUGUAAAAUACAACAGGACUUUAGGAGUAGUAUCUUCCAUUGAAUAUAGAUGCUUUCCAGAAAUAGUUGUCCCAGCUGUUGAUAGUGAAAUAGUAACAGAUGGUGGGCUCAGUAUGAGAGCAGUGAUCUCCCAGCACUUCAGAGAAAUGAUGGAAACUUUUUGGUAAUUACAUUUGUAUUCUCAUGUUAGAUAAGUGGUCUGAUUUUCUAAAAGUUUCCUAUCAAAAUUUAAAUAAAAAAUUCUUUUUCUUAAAAAUUAUUAAUUUUGUGUCUGUUUGUGAGUAUGUGUUAGCAUUCAGGCAUCUGUACUGGCCUGCCCUUAGGGUCCUGACAGGAUAGACCUCAUCUGCAGCCACUAAGAGUGCCUCCUGUGCAUAUUUGCUGUGUUUCCUUAUAAAAGGCAGGCUUUGCCCAUCUCCCAUCACUUUCUCUUUCUCUUCUUUCGCUGUCAUCUCCAGGGACCAGUCUCUGCCCCCUUCUCUGCUCCUUCUCUCCCCUCCAUAAACCUCCCUCCUGAGCCCUGUUAUAUGGUGGGACUCCUUCCCACCAUUUUUAAAACACAAAAUACUGGGCUGCUCUUAGUGGCUGCAGCUGAGGAUGGGUCCUGAAGUUCUUUCAGGACCCUAAGGGCAGGCCAGUACAGAUGCCUAAAUGCUAACAGUAUGUGCACAUGAGUGCAGCACCCAUGCUGGCCACCUGCUGUAAGUGCUGGGAUCUGAACUAGGAGCUCUGGAAGAGCAGUGUGCUUACUCUGAGCCACUGAGCCACAUCUCCAUCCUAGAACAUCUCCUUAAGUAGAUAAAACUUGCAGUUAUAUUUUGAGAUACAGAGAUUUGGCUUCAGCUACAGAAACUAAUUUUAAAAACACUUGGCAUUAUCCUCAAGUAUGUAUUUGUUACAACUCAGAAAUGUAACUGUCCUACCAAUAGGAUGCCAGUGUCCAGGCUUAAUGUAGCUUCUUCCUAAUUGAAUUACUUGUAGUACCUCUUCUGAAAGACUGGAGCAUGUCCACAUGAGGUCACUGCCACCAUUGUGGGGCUGAGGAGAGCGAAUGUGCACUUCUUGAUCUUAAGAAGAAGUGUAGUCCCGAGUGGCUUUGUGGUUUGGUCUGCCAGACUGUUUGAGAAAUGGAAAGUUUGGAGGUUCUGUUGUAAAUUAUUUUCCUUCAGUUGAUUAGUAGAGAAAUAGAGGAUGUUUUGACUUGGGUUCUGUCUUAGUCUCUAUCAUCAUCAUGGUAGGGAGCUUGGUGGCAUGCAGGCAGGUGCUGGAGCAGGAGCUGAGAGCUACAUCCUGAUCUGUCAGCAGAGAGGAGUCAGGGGAAGGGAUGCUGGGCCUAGUGUGAGCUUUAAAGAGCCAAGCUCACCCCUACUGACACACUUCCUUCACAAAACCAUAUCCAGCAAGGCCACACCUCCUAAUCAUUCUAAUUCUCAAAUAGUGCCACUCCCUGGUGACUAAGCAUUCAAAUACAUGAGUCUGUGGGGGCCGUUCUUGUUCAACCCACCACAGAUUCAUACAUUGAGAGAACAGCAUGCUGCAUCACCAGGUGGAGCAGAUGCUUCAGAAAAUCUCCCCUCUGCAGAAAUGCCAAGAGGAGCUGGACACCUUGAAAGCAGAGCUGGAGGAGAAAAAGAGUUCCCUGAAGCUGUAUCAGAACACUCACCAGGAAUAUGCUCGUGUGAAAGAAGAAUGCUUGAAAAGUGAUGCCCAGAAGAAGAAGCUGGAAGCUAAGGUGAAGAAGCUGGAAGAGGCUGCUGUCAAACACACUCAGGACUUCAAGCAAUUGAGAAACGAAAAGAAAAUACUUGAAAAGGAAUUUAAGAAGACACAGGAAAGGUUUGAUGAAUUUUCCAAACAGAAAAAUGAGAAGGAGUUGAGACACAUUGGAACACAGAUCUCAAGUGACUCUCAUGGAAGCAUAGAUAAAAGGAAGGUGAAAGUUCUCCUGAAAGAACUGUGGCUCUGUGUGAAUGCGGCUCACAGGCUGUCUGGGGAGAGCAGCAGGCGCAUCCCAGAAAAACCUGGCAAAGAAAACAGUGUAUCCAGAACUUCUGGGGAAGAUGAGUUGCUCCCAGUGCAAGGCAGUCCUGCCAGGACCUCUGAUAUGCGUUCUUUCUUCACCAAGUUGUCUAUGGAGAUGGAGGGUGACUUUACUUCCUCUGAAAGUGCAGAAGAAGAGCAGCCCAGUGGAGCGAGCCCUAGCACUGAGCAUGCUCCUCAUGAAGAGAGUCAUCCUGAAGUCUCGGUGCAGAGGCCUGGUGAUGGCAACAGGGACGUCAGCAGGACCAACGUCUGUGACCAUGAACACUUUUUUGAUGAUGAUCUGCAAGCUGCAAUUGACUUCUUCAAACUCCCCCCUCCUCUUCUGUCUCCAGUGCCCUCGCCCCCUCCGAUGACAUCACCACACCUAUCUUCCUCCCUGGCACCUGAAUCCUACUUUGGAGAGUUCACAGAUUCCAGCGACAGUGACUCCGUCCCACUCAGAACCUCUGUGGAAUCAGCAUUAGAAGAAUACACAGCAGAGACUCAGCGUUACUUGGCAUUGCUUGAAAAACUUAAAAGGAGUGAUACAUGCAUGGAACAGCCCAGGUUACAGGAAGUCGCCCCAACUAUAAACAAACUGGCACCUGCUGGAUUUGAUACCAGAAGAGUAGCACUGGGAGAACCCUCGGCCACAUCUUCUCUAGCUCGGGGAAGGCACUGGGUAGCAACAUCCCCUCAAUUUGUGAGGGACAGGAGAGACAGGAGAGACAUCGUAGAAGAGGCAGAAGGAAAGGCAGAGGCCCGGGAGAUGGGUAAACCUGUUCGAGUUGGGAAAGGGCUGCUUAAGCAUAACAGGAGGCUGUGGGUGGAGAGGGCGUCCAGAGGCUCGGCAAGAAAGAAGGUAGCCAGAGCUGGGGGGUCAGAGGCUUGCUCUUCUCCCUUUGGCAAGAGGACAUUCAAUGAACUCAGAGGAUCUGAAGGAAAAACCCUGUCAUCAAAAGCAUUUUGCUCACCCCAGUCGGAAUUUACUAAAUGGACACUCACUGGUGAAUUUGCUUCCAAGUCACACCACAUGUUGGGUUCUGGCCGUUUUCAGAGAAAGGAAAAAGAUGCGCAGGAGUCUACUGUGGAGUCAGGUGUUCGUGCCGCUGCAGCAGGGCGUGACCAUUCAGCCAGUCUUCCUUCCUCUUCUACCUCUGUACCAGUGUCUCUCUGCAGUAACCGUAAGGCAGGGACCCCAGCAGAAGUACCCUGCACAGACCGGCAUCGUUCUGAACAAAAGUCACCAACUAGAACUUCAAACACAUUUCUUCUGUGGUCUGAGCCACCAGCACGUUUUCCAAAAGAAAAUGACCCGGAAAACAGCUUGUUUGCUUCCAGCACCAAGUCAAAAUUAGGAGCAUCUACCUUUAGUGAUCUGAAGAACAGGGGCCCGGAACCUUUAAACAUUUUUAAAAGCAGCACAGGGAAGGCACACUCAGUUUUCCAGUCAGUAUUUCAGAAGCCAACGAGAAGUGGGCAGUGUGGAGGUCAAGGCCGGAUCACACUGCCUAAGUCCGACUGGACCUCAUUGGCACAUUCCCAGGCUGGCUUCACCAGGAGGAGCCCUGGUUCUGCCGACAGCACGUCAUGGCACCGUAGUGAUGUACUGAGGAGAGGUGGCGAGGGCAGCCCUCGAGCUCCCUCGGAACACCAGCAAAAGACCAGGCUUCAGCCAGAGAAGGCAGCAUCAGCCUUACAGAGCAGCAGAUUGACAGCUGUGCUUGGACCUUCUGGAGAAAGUACCAUCCCUCUGGGAUUCAAAGCAGCUGCUGCUUUGCUGCCAAACCAAGUGUCAGUCAUAACAAAGCAGGCAAGACCCGAGAAGAUGCAGAGUAGCAACCUGGAACAAUGGCAGCCCCGUGGGAGCGCACCGAGUCCUUCCACAGACAGUGAUGAGGAGACAAAUGCAUCGUUAUCAGAGUGUGAUGGAGAUGAGGAUCCCAUAGCACAGGGCACUGAGGAGACAGCUGGUGAGGAAAGCCCUUCUCCAGAAGUAUCUCUAAGUGACUCCAUACCAGCAGAGAAUUUUGGUUCUUCUACAGAUAAGUUACCUUUUCCCUCUGAAGACAGCCUCAUCCAGAGCCAGUGUGUCAUGAAAGAACUCCUGCCGGAGCUCAGGAAGUCUCCCCACACUACACAGGCGGGGGCCAGUAGUCUGGAGGCUGAGAAGCUGCUUCCAGCUGAGGUCACAUCCAGAGACUGUUCUGCUGGACAGAUGCCCUCUGGAGCUCAUCACCAGGCAAACACUGAGGCCCCUGCAGUUGCAAGAGAUUCUCGUAGUAUUCCACAGAACGCCAGUACACCUCCCACAGUGCCAAGCAGGCCGCUUCUCAGAACCCAGGUCACCACCAGCCCUGUCUGUCCUUCAGAUCUUGGUAGUGCAGAUGAGGAAACACAGAAUACCUCCCAAAGUAGUCUUCCUGGGGCUUCCUUCUGCUACACAGGCGUCCGAGAGCAGCGAGAGGACACUGAGGUAGAGGACGAGGCCUUUAGCUAUAGUGAGGGAGAGCAUGAGGCUGAAGCCGUGACGGGACACCAACAGCAGGAUGCAGCGGGAGACUCCCAGAGACAUUUGGGAGACCCAGAGGCCAGGGUGGAUGUGGCUGCUCGUGCCUCAGAUGUAGGCGAUCUCACCUCAGCGCUGCAGGAAUGUAACCUAAGCACCUUUCUUUACAUAGACAAGCUUUCUACGUCAGAGGUCGUUAUGUUUCUUGAAAGUUGUCAGUUAAGGGAUUAUAGUUCGAGGGCCUCUGUUUCAGAAUGUUCUAGCAGAGGCACCCUAAAUAAUGAAAUGAACAAAGAGUUCAAGCAGGGCGAAGUCUUCAGAGAGAACCAUGGGAGGAGAGUCAGUGAAGAAAUGCUCAGAGCCUCCCCGGAAGAGUGGGUCGCGUCAGAGGGAGACAACUGCCCUGUCAGGAAUUCAAGCCAGCAUGCUCAGGGUCCUCUGGAGAUGCCCUCUGAUAGUCUCACCAAGGCCACAGAAGAACUUCAGGCAAGCCCUGGGGACUGCAGUGGGACAGAUGUGUUGCUCUUAAGUACUCAUCACAGCCAGGCAGCUGAAGAUCUGAUAGAAGACACCCGGCCUGAGGAGACAUCCAGCUCCACGUCCCACACUGCAGAAUUGCCUGAACCAGCCGCUGUGGAUGCUGGAGGCAGCUCCCCCCUAAGUGGCAGGUCUGACCCUGAGCACCUUCCAAGCACAUCUGAGGAUGGGACCAAUUAUGAUGGGUGCCCCAGCACUGGGGAGGAGGGCCUGGCAGAGCCUGGGGAGCUUCUGGCACUGAGCUCUGACUCUCCACCCCCACCAAGGACAGAGCAGAGCUCAGACUGUGUGACAGAGACAGCAUUUCGCUAUCAGAUCUCUGCGGUGACCUCAGAAGUUAUAAGUGUACUUAUAAAUAAGGAUCAGGACCUCGUGAUUGAGAAGGGGGACAACUGGACUAUCAUCAGUGGCGUCGCCAUCUCCCCUGGUAUGGAACAAGUCGUUCUGUGUGACACUCUGGAAGCUUUUGCUCCUCAGGACCUGGGAGGCCUAGACAGUGACUAUGUGGAGAAGUCCCCUGAAGCCAGUCCUGCCGGCCCUCUGCCUCAAGGGUCUCCGUGUGGUGGCGGUUUCUCUGCUGCCCAGGAGGAUGUUUCCAGCAGUGGCCAGAGUGCCAACUUUGAUAAGAGUCGUCUUCGGAACAGACCUGUGAAGCCUAGCAUCUGGAUUCGUUCUCAGAUAUAUGACCAGACGCUGGAGACCGAGAAAGUUGCAUCUGAUCACACAUAUUAUAACUGGAAAUUAGAACCACUUGGUAAGAAUAAGACUCGAUCAAAGAUUUCCAACAAAGAUCAAUCAAGCAAACUGGCAAAGACCCCAGGACUCACCAGCGGGGAAGUGCAUCUGAAUGAAGUCCCUCAGCCAGUGUCAGGGGAAAGAACAAACAGGAAAAUGCCAGGAAGCCAAGUUCAGUCCACCAUGGCAGGUGCGGAUAUGUCCACCCCUGCCAACUCUUCCCCUGAUACUCUGAGCAAGAUCCGGCAAGAAGUGGGGCCUCCAUUGCCUCCUUUGCUGCCCCCACUGAUAGCCACCCCUCCACGGACAUCACGGCCACUGUCUCCUCUGAUACCGAGUUCUAGUCCGUCCUCACUAGCCUCACCUGCUGCCCGUGUUUCCCCCUUGCGUGAAGUUGCAGGGCCUCCCGUGCUGUCUCCAUGGCCUGAGGAGCUCCAGCAGCCCUCCCCGCUGGGCCCCUCCCCGUCCCCAUCGGCUGCAGCAGCCAGCGGAAGGGUAGUGUCUUCUCCUUUGCAGUUCUGUGCUGCUACGCCAAAGCAUGCGCUGCCCGUGCCUGGCCGCCUCCCAUCCUGUGCGCCCGGUCAUGCUGCUGUGAGUGGGCCACAGGAAAACUCCGUUAAGAUCCUCGACACGAUGUACCCAGAGUUAUCUGCCAGGGCCCGGACCCUCAGCCUCCUCAAAGGGAACAUGCAACUGUCCCGAGGCUCCUCCGUGGAUGGGAAGGUGUUGCCGGGUCGUGUCAGUGCCCUGCUGGGACUCAAAGCCAUCACCUCCACGUCCACUGCUUUUGUCCUGACGGGGGGCAGCUCCGGUGGUGACAGUAGCCAAGGUAAGUCACAGGACUUGGAUGCACGGCAGGAUGCAGGUAGGAAAAGAACAUUGGCAGCAUCCAUGCUGAGAAGUGCUAAAAGACUGCGGCUGGACAGUGCGUCCCCGGAGCCGGGCACCAGCCAGGUCACUGCAGAAGACGUCCCCGAGGAUCCCCCCGGAGGACCCACACCAGCCAAGCUUGUCCCAGCUGAGGAAGAGCACACUGCUGCCCUGGUCUGCAGCCCAGCGUCACAGCUGCAUGUCAACCCAAGGGAGAUGGCAGUGUCCUAUAAUACGGCCAUCACUCGGGCUCUGAGGAAGAUCGCCGAGUCCUCCUUUGACCUGCUACCUGUCAUUCGUAGUCACGUGUAUGUGGGAAACAUCUCCAGAAAGCCUGUCAUGAGAGAUCAAGAGAAGGAAGUUGUUUAUGAAUUUAGCACCACAAACAAGCAUUUAGGAGAAUACUUACUUCGCUCUAUUCUCUCAGAGCUAAAGGUUCAGAAGACAUCUCUUGACCACAGUUACAUCCAUGCACUGUGCAGAGUAUAUGUGGGCAUUUGUCGGCAGCUUGGAGACUUGGAAAGAGCUCGCUUGUUCUGUUACAGCCUUCUGAAAGAAGAUUUUCCGGAAUCUGAGAAGUUGACUCUGUUCAUUGCCAACAUGUGGCGUGAGGUGUUUCUCUCCCAGUCGGCCGUCAGCGAGGCCAUGCAGCUGGUCGCCCGGCAGCGGGCCCGAGGGGAGGUGCUGAACUGCUUGAGGGCGUUCCUCAGCUGGGAAAAGAAUGCUCCUAUAGAUGUUGGAAUCGUGGUUUCUAAGCUGCUUUUGACCAUACAGCUAUGCCCCAAAACAGAAUUUCAGUCCAGUGAAGAGUUUGGUGAAGACUUAAGUGCAAACAUUUGGGAAUACAUAUUUGCCAUUGAUCUCCUCUGCUGCCACCAGAGGUGGAUUUGGACACAUGAUAACAUCAUAAGUAAGGAGCUGUGGCCUGUAAUGGACAAGUGGAUCAAGUACAGGAAAGGACAUUCGAACAUUGCAUACACCCCUGAUGUCAUCGUAGCGUCUGUGCUGAGACUGAUCGGUCGAUUAGGCCAGUUGGGUUUGAAGGAAGGAUUUCCAACUGCCGUGAAGAAUAUCAGCUCGGUUAUUGGUAUGUUCAUACAACAUGCUCAGGAUGAAGAUAUCCCAUGGGGUGUACAGCUUGCAGCUGUUUAUGCCCUUUGUGACUUGAGUCCUAGCAAUCCAGCAGAGAUAUCCCGGAUCCUGGAAGCUUGGCGGACACAGACUUCCAACACCAUUCCAUCUGCAAUCGUCAGCUGCCUGGAAGAAGUUGGAUCCCUGGGUGUUGAGCGCUCAGCUGGCCCCGCAAACACAGGAGACUCGGCACCCUAAGAGCUGGGCUUCAGCUCCCCGAGAUGAGAAGGUCACCUGAAGGUCAUGGUCACUGUGCAGAGAAGUGCCUUGACACCUCUCAUUGUGAAGGAUUGACCUGCCUUUAGCUAACUGAGGUCCAGCGGAGAAAGGCAUACAGGCUGCCGCAAGGCUCUCACGUGGACUGUGCACCGAUGGCCAGGCUGGGGCAGCAGCGGAGCCCUGUGGGCUGUGUACAGAGGGGCAGCUCUGGGGGGUGUGUGUGCAUCCAGACAGUGCUGUCCAUGAUGUGUCUCACAUUGGAUGAUAUUCCACUUCCGGAAUUUUUGUAUGUGUAUAUAGAUAUGGGUUUAAUAACUUACUGUGAUUCCGAUUUGUCUUAUAUUCAUCAUUUCUUAAAACUCUUGUAUGUGUUUUUAUAAUAAAAAAUAAAAGCAAGCCAUAUA